AUGGAUUCUUGCUCCCAGCUCUGGCCCUGGGCAUUAUUUGUGCUGCUGGCUGCCCCGUGGCCCCUGGAGGCACAGGGAGCCUGUCCCCAGGGAGCCUGCUACCCUCCUGCUGGAGACCUCCUGCUGGGACGAGCCCAUCUCCUCAGAGCCUCCUCCACCUGUGGCCUCACCAAGCCCGAGACCUACUGCACACCCCACAGCGAGUGGAGCAUGAAAUGCUGCAGGUGUGACUCACGGCUGCCCCACGUCUACAACGGGCACCGUGUGGAGAACAUCCUCUCCUCUGCGGGGCACGCGCGCUGGUGGCAGUCCCAGAACGGCAUCGAGCAUGUCUCUCUGCAGCUGGACCUGGACCAGACCUUCCAGCUCAGCAGCAUCCUGCUUCACUUCAGGUCCCCACUGCCCGCUGCCAUGCUGGUUGAACGCUCCACCGACAUGGGCAGGACCUGGCAGGUGUACCAGUACUGGGCCUCCGACUGCGCCGCCGCCUUUCCCCGCAUCCCCCGGGGCUCCCCCGAGAGCUGGCAGGACCCUCGAUGCCAGGCACUGCAGGGGUCCCCUGGCCGUGGUGGCACGGUGAAGUUCAGCAUCCAAGACCUGGCAUCUACCAUCACUACCUCUUACAGCCAGACUGUUGAUAACCUGGGCCAGUUCACCAACCUGCGGAUCAACUUCACCGAGCUCGCCCACAUCCCACGCCAGGGCUACCACUCUCCCAGCACUUUCUUUGCGGUGACAGAGAUGGGGGUGCGGGGGAGCUGCUUCUGCCACGGCCACGCUGACCGCUGCACCUCUUCAGGAGACCCUCAUGGUGUGGUGCCCGGGCACUGCCUGUGUCAGCACAACACUGCUGGUCCCCACUGCGGCCACUGCGCUGCCCUCUACAACGACCGGCCCUGGGCCCCCGCGGAGGACAACGACCCCCACGAGUGCCAGAGUACGUGUGACCCGGACGGGACGGUGCCGGGCUCUGCCUGCGACCCUCUGACAGGGCGCUGUGUCUGCAAGGACAACGUGCAGGGGGAGCGCUGCCACCUCUGCAAGCCGGGCUUCGCUCAGCUGGCCGGCGCCAACCCCCUGGGCUGUCGCAGAUGUACCUGCAACGUGCUGGGAACGCGGCAGGACCUGCCCUGCGAGUGUGACUGUGACUUCCAGGGCACCGAGGAGGUGGGUUGUGACAAGACCUCUGGCUGGUGCCUCUGCCGCCCGGGUGUCACGGGCCCCCGCUGCGACCAGUGCCAGCGGGGCCACUGCAGCAGCUACCCCGGCUGCCCCCUGUGCCACCCCUGCUUCCGAGCCUACGACCGGGACAUCCAGCAGCAGAGCCUGGCCCGGGUGGGCAGCGCCCUCGCUGCCAUCAGAGAGCAGGUUGAAGGUAUAAAUCCUGACCUUCGUUUCCUGGAUGAGACUGCCUCUCUGUCAAGAGAGCUCGAAGCCCUCAACAGCAGCUUGCUGGUCACCAACACCCAGUACCAGAGCAAGAGGAGCCAGUUUGAAACCAGCCGCAGCACGGACCUGUCAGGAGCUUUCAAGACAAUCAGAUCUGCUUACCAGACCUCCACCAAUGCCAGCAGCCUUGCUGCUGGCACGUCCGGGCUGCUGGCCGAGUCCCGGGAGAGCCGCAGGCGCGCGGCGGCGCUGGAGCAGGGGCUGGCGGAGGCCAGUGCCAACCUGCUGACCCUGAAGGGCCAGAUCACCUCCUCUCCCAACCUCACCCCCGUCAUAAAUCAGAUCUGUGGUGGUUCCCGAGUGGAGACGUGCACCCCGGCCCACUGCGAGGGGCUGCUCUGCCCGCCAGACCCCAGCCCGACCUGCAGGAUUGAAACGACAGAGACGUCUGUGAGUGAGAUUCAAAGCAGCACCCGGCGGCUGGUGGAGCAGGUGACGGGGACAAGGACCCAGAUGGAGGGGGACGUGCGGCGCAUCCAGCAGUUCAUCCAGCAGGUCCGGAGCUUCUUGUCAGACAAGGACAUGGACCCUGCCACUAUCCAGCAGAUCAGCGAGUCUGUUCUCUCCCUGCACCUCCCCACGGAUGCUGCUGCAGUCCUGAGGAAAAUGACUGAGAUCCAAAAUAUGGCAGCUAAGCUGCAGUGCCCGGAGAACAUCCUGGCCCAGACGGCCGAGGACAUGGCCAGGGCCAAGCAGCUGCAGCAGCAGGCAGAACAAGCCAGGAACCGGGCGAAUGCCAUGGAAGGCAACGUGGAGGAGGUGCUGGGGAACCUGCGACAAGCCAACACGGUGCUCCUGGAGGCCCGGGGAGCCAUCAGGGGCUCCAGCUCCUCCCUCCGCUUCAUCCAGGAGCGCGUCGAUGAGAUCGAGGCCGUUCUUGGUCCUGCUGAGAAGAACCUGCAGGCCAUGGUGGCCCAGCUGGCGGGACUGGGGGAGCAGCUCUCGGCGCUGCAGGGCAGGGCGGCCCAGAACAGGCAGCGGGGCAGCGCGGUGGGGCAGGCGGGCAGCGCGGCGGGGCAGCGGGCACGCAGCACACAGCAGGCUUUUGAACAAGUGAAGCAAAUGUACACUGAGCUGAAGGGAAGGAUGGAGCAGAGCCCAGCCCUGGGAGAGCAGGGCAGCAGGGUGCAAAGCAUAGACCUGGAGGCACAGGCUCUCUUUGAGGAAACUUUGGCCAUGAUGCUCAAGAUGGAAACUUUAGAGGUGGAAAUUCAGGAAAGCAACAAGGCUUUGAUGUCCAAGUCAGCCAGGCUGUCGGGCCUGGAGAAGCAGGUGGGAAGGAUCCGAGAUGCCAUCAGCAAGCGAGUCGCCUACUACGAGAGCUGCUCCUGA